UCACGCGAGAAGUUUUGGCAUGUGUCGGCAGGUGUUGCGCGUUGUAUGUGUUACGACGAUGAAAGGCGACUGCUAGGAUAGCGGACAAUACGCCAGAAAAAACAGGAAAUAUUGCUGGACUAGCAAGGGCAUUCAUCAGAAACUGCAACAAUGGCUGAGGCUUCUGUAGCAAGCUCUGGCACUAGAUACUUCUGUCAUGUUUGCAAUGAAGAUAUCAACCCUGUUCUUCCAGAGUUCACAUGCCCCACGUGCCGUGACGGGUUUAUCGAGCAGCGCUGUCUGGACACGGCCAUGGCGGACGACCCUGGCGACGAGCUGCCGCCGCUGGACGAGACCGGCCUCCACGCUCUCGCCCAGAUGCUGAACUUCGGCCGGCCGCUGCUGGGCGUGCCGGGUGUGGGGGGCUCGGGCCCCGGCCGUGCCCGCACACACGGCUACAGCACCCGCUCGGCGCACCGGAAUGCCGCCCAGCACGACCAGCAGCACGGCCUGCUGGGCGAGAUCCUCGACACGCUGUUCGCGACGUUCCCGAACGUCCGCGUCAACGUCGACAACAGCGCCGAGGUCCCCAUCCAGUUCCGGCUGCACGGCAACCCGGGCGACUACGCCUGGGGCAACUCAGAGCUGGACCGGAUUAUCACACACCUACUGAACCAGCUGGACACGAGCGGGCCGCCGCCGCUGGGCGCCGAGCUCAUCCACCGGCUGCCGCGCGUCGCCGUCACCCAGCAGCACGUCGACGCCAGCCUGCAGUGCAUGGUGUGCUUCGAGGACUACACGCUGAACGAGACGGUGCGGCAGCUGCCCUGCCAGCACCUUUACCACAGCGACUGCAUCGUGCCCUGGCUGGAGCUGCACGGUACCUGCCCGGUGUGUCGCAGCAGUGUGGACCCGUCGAAGGCGGACCCAGCGCAGCCGGGCCCCGGCCAGGCCAACUAGCCACCAGGCCCUGGCUGGUAUUGUUAGCCUUAUGACAGCCUGCCCGCCGGCGGUGCACCUCAGCGAACCGGCGCCGUGACGUCACUCAGCGCUCGCUCCGGAUUGCCGACGUAUUGGCGAGGCUGCGAGGAGCGAGUGACGUCAGUUUGUCGUCACGCUGCCGCUCGUCCGUUCGGGGCCGACGAGCGGGUGCGCCCGAGCGGACAGCGCUCGCUGUCGGUGGCGACUCCUCAGCAGCGCCGCCUACCAGUGACGUGACGCGUGCGGCUCGGCUCGAUCGGGACCUCGGCGCUGGAACCUCGGCCGUGGAGCCGCCGCCGGUCGACUCGGCGCGGCCCGAAGCCCGCUGACGGUCGGGAGCGCGCGCCACCACACGAUUGUGAUACCUACCCCUGCCCUGUCGGUGCUGCCGGCGGCGGCCGCACCGCUCUGGCUGGACGCUGAGGCAGCGGGCACCACCGCCGGUCCGUCGCCGGAGCGAGCGGCGAUUCUGAGAAGACAGUAGCGGCUGGACGCUCGGCCGCGACACGAGGUCACAAGGUGCGAGGACCACACGCGGCCGCCGUUGUGCGCGUUCUGCGUCACCAUCCGCGUUGUGGGAACGACAUCGAACUCGACAGGGAACCGCCGGGCUGGAGGCCCCGGCUCAGUGGCCUUAGCAAUCAAACGGAGGACUAGUGCCUCGCCGGCGUCUCGCAUCUCUCCCCGGCUAAGCAUUUGGGCGGCUCUCCCGAGCAGCCGGUGUGUGAACUGGGAAAGCUUCAGUGUGAUGAAUGAGCCAGUUUUGUCCCCGCCUGGUAUGCCCCGUCUGCACGUGAACCUGUUGUGGUAGUGGGUACCACUGAUGUGUAUGUGAUGCCAGCGCUUUCUGAUAUGUCAGGACAGCCACGAUUAUGGCCUAUAAUCUGGGUACGCGUAGAUUAGGCAGAACUACCGCACGGAGGGUAAAUUAUGGACCAAAUGAACUUACCACCGGGCCUCUAGUCGAUGGCUUUCGGUCUGCAUUAUUAUCCUGCCUUGUGUGUGCGCGUGCGCGGAUCGAUUACCCGACGGUGAUCAGUGUGUCGAGUGAACGUCUCGCACGUGUAGUCUGACUGAACGCCCUCCCUGCGGCUCGCGUCGUUGCCGUGUGUACGACUGUUGCGUUGUAUGCCGUCGCUGAGCGCGGCGUCCGUGUGGCCGUGAUUCCGCGAGGGAUGCCGUUGUGAGUGAGCACGCGUGCGAUGGCGCCGCGCGGGGCGGCGCGAAGCCGGGCCGGCCGCCGUCCCCGCCACCUGUUCAUCCUGCACCCGUGCGUUCGUCGCCGACGCGCGGCCAACACGACGGCCGCGUCAGACCCGCCCGCGUUUGGUCCCGGCUCACGGCGCUGGCGUGCGACGGGGAGAGGUAGAACAGCUGGUUUUCAGGGCGGUGAAUUUACUCAAUUCGGUCACAAAGACACUGCUAAAAUAAGCGUUACACGAACGACCAGCUGGCGGAACUACAGGCGGAAGAGGCCUCUCGAACCCCCUCGGGGUAUGGCGUUCAGGUCAGCACCAGGUCAGCGAUUGGCCAGCUCGAAGAACAGCAUAUACACUUCGUAGCCAUUGCCGUGGCGCAUACAGAUAAUCUGGACACUGAAGUCAGCAUGCCCAUACCACUAUGAAAAGCGAUGUUUACGGUGGGCCGUGCAGUGACCCGAGAACGCCAUGCCAGAGUGGUUGCUUACGCUGCACAGGUUGUACUUGAAGUCCUUCACUGCAGCAGUGCGUGGCUACAGGUCC